AUGGACUCAAAUUCCGCUGAUUCGCAUGAUGCCUCCCAAAAAGGCAGGAAGCAUGGCAUCAAACGCGUCAAGUCCGGAUGCAAAACCUGCAAAGCACGUAGAGUCAAAUGCGACGAGAAGCGACCAGUUUGCGAUCGAUGCAUCUCCACCGGCCGUACUUGCGAGGGCUAUGGUAUCUGGGGCACCGGCGGUAAUUACUAUGGCUCUCGCCAGUCUCUCAACACGUCAAAGCACCCUUUUCCUCCGUUUAAUAGCCAUGGUGCAAGCUGCAACCACGGAUUUUUGCCUUAUGUCGAUAUGAAGUUCCUGCGUUCCAAGGCUACCAAGGACGAAUCGAGCUGCUUUGAGUUCUAUCACGUACGCACAAUGUUGAAGAUCCCUGGAUUUUUCAAUUCUGGCUUCUGGGAUCGGAUUGUGCUGCAAAUUUCCUCCACUGAGCCAGCGGUGUUUCAUGCCACUAUAGCGUUAGCGGCCACUCAACGCAGUCAGGAGUUGCAUACCACCAUGCGCAACGAGUGGGAUUCCAAAUUUCUUGACUGUGAUUCCGAGAUGAAAAAAUGGGAUCGUUUUGCUUUGAUGCAUUACAAUAAAUCUAUUGCUCAGCUACAGGGGCACUUUCAAAGCCGAAACCACCAAUCCGUGCAGAUUGCACUGACUGCGUGUAUUCUAUUUACCUGCAUUGAAUUGAUGAGGGGCACCUACAGCACUGCCAAUAUACAUAUCGACCACGGAAUCAAGGUGCUUCAGAAUUUAAAACGGCACCGAAUUGACAAUGAUCCAAGCAUGGCAAAUACGGUGCUUCGUACACCCGAUCUCACUACGGUGGACGAACACUUGCUUGAAACAUUGGCGCGAAUGAACGUUCAGUCUGUUUUGUUUGGACAUCCCUCUCGAUUCUUGUAUAUCACAGGUAGGGAAGCGAGACACCGACAAAGAUACGAGCCCCCCAAUCUCUUCGUUACGCUGGAAGAGGCUCGUCAGCAUUUGGAGGUGCUGUUGCAUGACGUUAUCAAUCUUGCUGAGGAGUGUGAUAUGAGCGACCAGUCUCCCGACAUGAUUGUAUUGCUUUUGAACCAGCGAGAUGAAUUGCAACAAGGAUUGGACAGCUGGGGAGAGGUUUACCAGAGGGCCAUUGUCAUGCUCCUGCCAACACUCGACGUCCGCCGAGGCAUGGGCCUUGCCAUCCUGCGCGCAUACUAUAUCAUGGCUCGUAUAAUGAUCGGCGCAAUCCCUUCAUUCGAUGGGUCUUGGAGUGAGAUGGUUUACGACAAAUACAAUGAUCUUUUUGCAGAGUUGAUCGAUAAAGUUGCUGAUUUGGUUUUUAUGAGGAAUCUUCCUGUCAAAUAUGAAUUUGACAGGAGAAAUUGUCGCCUUGGGCCUCUUAAUUUCUGUGCUGAUAUCGGCCUCAUUGCUCCAUUGUACUACAUAGCUCUCAAAUGCCGAGUACCAUCUAUUCGGAGAGAAGCGAUUCGUCUGUUAACCGUUGCGCCUCACCGCGAAGUAGUCUGGGAUGGUUCAGCUGUCGCUGCCGCCGCAAAAAAGGUCAUUGAGCUUGAGGAAUGGGAUUUUUAUUUGACGAAUCCUCCGCCAUCAAUAACAGCAUUUCACCCUGAUACCGCGCAAACAGGGAAUUCACGGUCAUCGUCAGCCAUUCUGCAGGCAGAGAAACAGCCACUUGCAGAAUCAUAUCGAUUCCAGAGCGUUCAGGUGUCCCUGGAAGAUGGGCUGAAUGGGAAUGGCAAGGUAAUUUGCAAGCGGCCAAGAAAGGGGGGCGUUUUUGUUUCGUCUUUUGAUAGUCAUGGAGACAGAGAGAUUAUUGAGGAGGAUUUUCAUUAUCAGAGGCAAUUUACGCAGCAGUUUCUUUGA